GGCGGUGGACGCCGGUGGCGGAGGAGUUUGGUGCUGCUGGCUCAGUAUGCGGUGCACGAGCCCAGCCGCUAUGGUGGUCAUUUGCGCCGGGCUUUGGGUGUCCAACCCGGUGCGGGCGCAGGGCCAGGAGGCCGGGGGGCAGCCGGGGGCGGACUGUGAAGUGUGUGAAGAAUUCUUGAACAGAUUCUACAUCUCCUUGAUAGCCAGAGGGGUUGACUUUUCUCCGGACACCAUAGAAAAAGAAUUGAUCAGCUUUUGCUUGGGUGUCAAAGGAAAAGAAAACCGCCUGUGCUAUUAUCUAGGAGCAACAACAGAUGCAGCCACAAAAAUCCUAAGUGAGGUCACUCGCCCAAUGAGUGUGCACAUGCCUGCAAUGAAGAUUUGCGAGAAGCUCAAGAAGAUGGACAGCCAAAUCUGUGAGCUGAAAUAUGAAAAGAAACUGGACUUGGCAUCCGUGGACCUGUGGAAGAUGAGGGUGGCCGAGCUGAAACAGAUCCUGGACGGCUGGGGAGAAGAAUGCAGGGCCUGCGCGGAGAAAGCCGACCUCGUGAAUCUGAUCAAAGAACUGGCGCCCAAGUAUGCAGCGACACGCCCCAGAACAGAACUCUGACCCCUGGACACCGCGCACGUGGGCUGAGAUUAGAGACAACGUGACUUUCUGGGAUACAGGCACGUCAGUGAAGAGGAACUGGGAGUUGCACUGCAAACUUUUUGUUUUGAUGUUACACCUUGGAACUGGUGGCUUGGAUUUAUAAGCAAAACCGAUCGUAUUAGUAGUAGCUUACAGUUGAGUGCACCAAAACCUAAAAGCACCUUUCUCAUAAUUUUCGUGUAAGGACUAUGUAAAUUAAUAAAUUUAGGCUACCACCUAAAAUUGGGGUGAGUGAACUCCUGAAAAAUUGGACUAAAUUGAUUCUGAGAAGGA